UUCCCCCUCGCUCCGCGUCCCCAUCCCGACCCGGCCGGACCCUGAGGUCAGUCGGAAGCCGCGGGUUGGUGGCGAGAGAGGACCCAGGAGUUGAUGUACCCCGAAGAGGGCGCGUCUGGACACUGUCCGGCGCUGCGACCCUUGCCACCUGCCUCUCCGCCCACCGAGACCCUCGCCACCCUGGCCCCACCCACGCUGCCCUGAGGUGGGAAGAGGCAUCUCAGCUGCAGCUUCGGACGUCCCGGGUGUCUCUCGGGCCCCUGGGCAGCUGAGUUUGCCCCUCUACAAAGUGCAGCCGUGGGUGGGAGCCAGGGUGGGCUCCGAGGCCUGCUCCCGCCGGGGCCCAGAGCCGCUCCGAGUGGGACCCCGCGGCUCGCAGCAGCAUGGGCAUCGAGAACGAAAGCCCGGGGCCGGACUGCCAGAAACAGUUCCAGGCUGCGGUCAGCGUCAUUCAGAACCUGCCCAAGAACGGCUCUUACCGCCCGUCCUACGAAGAAAUGCUGCGAUUCUACAGCUACUACAAACAGGCCACCAUGGGGCCCUGCCUGGUCCCCCGGCCUGGGUUCUGGGACCCCAUCGGACGAUAUAAGUGGGAUGCCUGGAACAGCCUGGGCAAGAUGAGCAGAGAGGAGGCCAUGUCUGCCUACAUCGCCGAGAUGAAGCUGGUGGCACAGAAGGUGAUCGACACGGUGCCCCUGGGAGAGGUGGCAGAGGACAUGUUUGCUUACUUCGAGCCCCUGUACCAAGUGAUCCCCGAUAUGCCAAAGCCGCCAGAAGCCUUCCUGAGAAAGGUCACAGGUCAGGCCCCGGCCAGGAACCUGCAGGUGCUGAGUGAGCGGUCUCGGGUGUGGUCGAGGGGCUGCUCAGCUGGAGAGGGGCUGGAGGCAGAGGGCCCAGGUUGGAAAGCACAGGUGCUGAAUGGAGAUGCGGGGGCUGUCCUGGAGCCUCCCUGCCCCCUCAAGGAGCCGGCACCUCCAAGCCCAGAGGCUCAGCCACCCCGGGACCUGGACGCUGAGGUUUUCUGCGAUUCCCUGGAGCAGCUGGAGCCUGAGCUGCAGGUCUGGCCAGAGCAGAGGGGUGCUGCUGGAGGGGAGCCCGCCACCGCGCACAGCCUGGUGACCCCCAGAGAGAAAGAAGGGCUGGGGUGCAGCCUGCUGGGGCCCCAGGAGUUGGACACGUGGCUGCUGGGGACGGUCCGAGCCCUGCAGGAGAACAUGUGGGACGUCCAGGGCAGGCUGCAGAGCCUGGAGAGCCUGCCCCCGGCCCCCGAGCAGGCGCAUUAGCAGGGAGCUGGAUCGGAAGUGGAGCAGCAGCCAGGACUUGAACCUGUACUCACAUGAGAUGUGGGGAUCCCAAGUGGCGGCCUAACCCACUGCGCCAGCAUGCUGGUCCCACCAGCCACGACUCUGUUCCAGGUUUGGGGUUUGUCCCCCUGCAGUCCAGCCCUUGCAUCCUCCAGCCCCUCCCGUCCUGUCCUAGGUCUGAGGACCUUACACCCAGGCUCCUGCCAAACACUUGAUCGUAGCUAAAAGGCCGAGAAGCGAUGCUCCUGCCAAACAGCAGCUGCCAUUCCUGGUGCCCGUGUGCCAGACCCUAGCACUCUCCCGUUUAUGCCCCCAGUCCCCCAUGAGAUUCCUCGUCUCCUUGAUGUACAAGGGGAAACCAAGGCGCAGAGAGGUUGAGUAACUAGCCUAAGGGCACACAGCCUGGGAGACCCAAGGCCCGCAGGUGCCUCCGCUUUGCCCGGCACGCAGAAGACUUUCUCCAGUGGGGCCUGUAGUUAUUACCAUUGCUAUGAGGUGAUGGAGCCGGGGGUGGCCCCGAGUCUGUCUCCCCCCAUCAGCAUGAGUGGGUCUGUUCUUGAGAAGCCAGGGAGAGUGGGCUGGCUGUGGGGCCUCUGCCCCAGUGGCCGCGAGCCAUGCUGGCAGAGAUGUCGUCAGAUCCGCAGUGGCUAACAUUUCAACAGGUCCCCCAGCCCAGAGCUGGCUCACUUCAUUUUGUAAGCCAUUUGCUCGUUUUAAAUGCUGGUUUUAAAGCGGAUCAGACACAUCAUGAUGUCAGAUGCUCACUCUGAAGUCCCUGGGCUUGCAUCGCCCCUAGCUAGCCAACACAGCAGCUCUCUAUCACCCACAACUACUGGUUUUUUUCUUUUCUUUUUUUUUUCUUUUUUUUAAUUUUUUUUUUUUUUGACAGGCAGAGUGGACAGUGAGAGAGAGACAGAGAGAAAGGUCUUCCUUUUUACCGUUGGUUCACCCUCCAAUGGCCGCCACGGUAGGCGCGCUGCGGCCGGUGCACCGCGCUGAUCCGAUGGCAGGAGCCAGGUGCUUCUCCUGGUCUCCCAUGGGGUGCAGGGCCCAAGCACUUGGGCCAUCCUCCACUGCACUCCCUGGCCACAGCAGAGAGCUGGCCUGGAAGAGGGGCAACUGGGACAGGAUCGGUGCCCUGACCGGGACUAGAACCCAGUGUGCUGGCGCCGCAAGGCGGAGGAUUAGCCUACUGAGCCACGGCGCCGGCCCUGUUUGUUUUUUUUUAAGGUUUAUUUAUUUGAAAGGCAAAGUUACAGAGCGAGGGAGAGAGACAGAGAGAGAUCUUCCAUCUGUUGGUGCACUCCCCAAAUAGCAGCAACACUCGGGGCUGGGCCAGGCCAAAGCCAGGAGCCAGGAGCUUCCUUGGGGUCUCCCACAUGGGUAUCACCCACAAUUAUUAAUCCCUUCAUACCACCAGAUACCCAGUCCAAAGGCGCAUUCCCCCAGGGGUCGGGAACUGCCCGUCCCGCCACUCUGCCGUCUGCCGGUGCCAGCUCACACAGCACA